AACAACGCCGAAGAGACGUAAACAAACGGAUUUUAGGAAGGAUGUGUGGCACGUGCGAAGAGGCCUGUGUAAAUCCUGCGAAGAAUGUCGAUGAAUGACGGCCGGCUCUACACGGUGAACGACAUAUUCAACAGAAUGUCUAAGGAGUUCGUGACCGUCGACGGCAACGUGAGGAAGAUUCAGAGGGAGAGCCUGACCCCUUACAAAGUGGCGACUGUCAUUCUGAUCAAGGAAUAUUGCAAUGACACCACGAGAGAGAUCGCGGAGAGACGCAACUUCUGUUUAGCGUCGUUGAAGUUAAUUCAGUCGGCGGACAUGGAGCUGGAUGCCCUGCUGAAUAUGAUGUACGAGUAUUCCCUGGAUCGGUUUGCAGAUCAACUGGAGAUUAAUCUGGACGCCAUACAUGAGAAGGGCAUCGACGAGCUGUUAGAUCUGUUUGACAAUCUUCGCCGAUUAAUGGAGUCCAAGGAUCACCCGCUGGCCCUGCCGGCACUGAGCAGAAAUUCCGUUCUCGGGCUGUACGUUCGUAGGAUGCUCAUCUUCUUUGAGAAGCUGGCGUUCGAUCAAGUGGUCGCUCUCUACAACGAUAUGGAUAAGUACGUGAUCAUGAAGGUCGACACCCUAGACAGCACAAACAUCUCCGUGGUCUCUAAGCAGGAAGACUUGGGGCCGGACAAGGUACGGCCUAGCAGACGCGGCUUAGGUCGGCAGCUCCCUAGCGCUCCUAGCAGACGAAAGUGGCUGCCCGGAUCCUCAUUUAAUGCUGACGCUCCUCGCAGCAAGGCGAAAAUUAUUUGGGGCGGAAGACAGGCGGAACUGCUCGUGGCGCAGCAGGCGCACGCCUUGCAAACCGACGAGCACAAAGCACUGCCGCCGGUGGAGCUGCAGGUUCUCGUGCAGGACCUUUUAAAGUCCAAUCCUUACAACGCGGACGCGCAUUACCUGAGUUACCUGAAUUGCAUCCGCGUGAACGACUUCUGUGGGGCGGUGGACAGUCUCUACCACUGCUUCGACAGACUGGCACCGCUGGAGAACCGGUCCACGCCCGAAGAUCGAUCCCGUACCUUCCGCUACGCCGCGCUCAACCUGGCCGUCUUACACGCACAGUUUAAUCACAAGGAAGUAGCACAGUACGCUUUGAAGGAAGCUAUUAAAUUAGCUCAGGAAGUUGGAGACAACGUGUGCCUGCAGCUCGCGCAUUCUUGGAUGUCCUACUUGAUCAGCAAAGAAAACAAAGGACCUCUGAUAGAACGCUCGGUCGGCAAAGCAAGUCUGCUCGGAAUCACACACACGACAGGCUUGAGCCUCAUCUCGCACGCGCACAGUUACGCCUUGGAAGCCAAGAAUCCUCCUCAAGUGUUCGACAUAUUGAUGAAGUCAGACAUGCUGAACUGUCAGCACUCGAUGUCCGACCUGAUGUCCGUCACCUUCGCGGAGAAAUCGGCGCUGUGGGCGUACUACGGCAAAAUGGAGAUGGCCUCCCUGUGCGCCCAGCUGCUGCUUUUCCACAAUACGGGUGAUAAGAAGCAGCACAUAUUCAACGGACCGUCCACGUGCCAGGCGAUCGUCACCGUCGCCAAUAUGUUGAUCGAAUUCGGCGAAUAUGCCCUCGCCGACGUCGUGCUGGCACACGCCAAGGAGAGGUUUCCCAACAGUCCUUGCAACAAGAUCUGGAUGUUGAGCGAGCAGUUGCAUACGUUCGCGCAAUUGCUGCGACAAGAGAAAUGGAGCGAGGCGGAGGCGGUAGCCAGAGGUAUCUCCAGUGUGGACCAGCUGGAAUCCAGACUCAAGUUGGCGGAGGUUUGCCUGGCGAAGGGCGAUUUCCCAAAAGGACUGGAGCAUAUCGGCGCUGUCGAGGAAUAUCCGGACGUAGCACCGCCGUACGUGAUACGUGCCGCGCUUCUCUCCUGUCAGAUAUUAUGCGCCUCGGCCUCGCCGGACAACGGGACCGCCACCAAUUGCAUAAUGCGCCUCUGCUCAGCCUUGGAAUUGGCCGCGCAGAAUCACUUGGCGUACUACAAGGCACUCGUCAAGAUGCACCUCGCCAACGUACAGCUGUUAAUGGGCCUGCCUGUGUUGGCCCUGAGCUUAGUGGAGGACGCCAUCCCCACGGUCUUGGGUCACGGCGGUUGUUACGAUCAGGGCAAGGCGUUCAUGCUGUACGGCAAGUGCCUGAUAGCCUCGGCGCCGGAGAGUCCCUUCGACGCGCGGAAGGAGGUGAUUUUGAGCGGAAUAAAGACCCUGUCGAAGGCGCAGGCGCUCUUCGCCAAGGUCAACGCCAUCGCCAAGGUCAAGAGCAUCGUGCACCUGCGGGCUGUGUUCUACAACGAGAUCGAUCUUCUGCCGGAGCGAAAUCAGUGCGCUUUCGAGUUCCGCCAGAUGGACGAACAAUAUCUAACGUGUCCCACCGAUCCAUUUUUGUAUUAAUUUUAUAUUAAAGUUCGUAUGAUGUUUCUCUUUGUAAUAAUAAAAGUACGGCGGAGAGGCCUAAGUUAGAUUUUUAUCGCAAGGAAUAAAUGAAACUGUAAAUAUUACAAUUACAAUUGAAAGUCUAAUGUACAUACAAUAGGUUCCCCGUCUUAUGAGAUUUUGAAUCUUCGGAGCUUCGUUACCUGAUAUCGAUUACAUUCGUCUGUUAAAGUUGAUUCUCUCGAACAACCGUUCCCCUAUGAUAUUGCGUCGUAAAUAUACAUUUUUAUAUUUAGGAAA